GCCUGAUCGUUGAAACCGAGAUGGCAAGAGAUCAAAAGAUGUCCAUGGCUGCAUCAGAUUAUACCGUUGCCAUGUCCUCCUGCAAGGGUCCGUUACGGUGGCCAUCUGCCCUGCGAAUCUUUCGGAGCAUGGCACCCGCCACCGUGCAGCCGAAGGUCAUCCACUACAACGUAGCCAUGGCUGCCAGUCACUGGCCACGGGCCAUGAGUUUCUUCGAUGACAUGCUCCUAGCACAUCUCCAGCCAAGCUCCGUCAGCUUCAACAGCCUCAACAGCCUGAAGCCACCGUGGCCAAUGGCGCUGCGGUGCGUGGAACGGAUGCAGCAGCAACGAACGGCGCCAGAUGCCUUCAGCUUCAGUUCCGCCAUCGCCGCCGUCGGCGGCGCUUCGCCCGUGGGCGGCGCUUCGCCCGUCUCCGGCUGGCGCUGGGCCCUGCAGCUCUUUGGGGCGGAGAUCCAGGCGUCGAACGUGGCGUUGAAUGCAGCCAUCACCGCGUGUGAAAAGGACAAGCAGUGGCAGCACGCCUUGUUCUUAUUUUACACCACACUGAAGCGGAGUCCUCGGAGUCCUGGCACGUUGGAUGUGAUCUCUGUGAACGCGGCCAUCAGUUCCUGCGAGAAGGUGGGCGCAUGGCAACAGGCGUUGAAGCUCUUCGAUGCCUUGAAGCAAGCGGCUUCGCUGGUGCCAGAUGUGGUGACUUUCAGCGCAGCUCGGAAAGAGACCUUGAGAUUACUGGAAGCUAUGCCAGAAGCAGCGGUUCAGCCAAAUCUCAUUUCCUUCAACUCCACCAUCAGUUCUUGCGAAAAGGCCAGGGAAUGGCAGCGAGCUUUGAGCUUCUUCGAGGCCUUCGAAGUGCUGACGGCCAUGGAGGGAGCGAAGCUGCGAAGCGAUGUCACGUGGAUGGCAUUUGGAUAUGGUGUCAUCGCCUUCAACGCGGCCGUGAGUUCCUGCGAGCGGCGCGUCCAACGAAGAUGGGGUACCCUGGGUACCCGGUACGACGUUCGAGACUACACCAAGUUGAUUUCCUUCUAUGCGCAACAUAACUGGUGGCACAAUGCAUGCGAGCUGUUGGCACAAAUGCCAAAAACUAAAGUUCAGCCGAACGUGUACACUUUCAGUGCUGCUAUCACUACUUGCGAGAAAGCUGGGCAGUGGAAGCAUGCCUUCGAAAUCUGCCAAGACAUGAACCAGCUGCAUGUGGUGCCCAACAUCAUCACCCUGAACGCCGUCAUCAGCUCACAUGGCAAGGGUGCAUGUUGGCAACCAGCUCUAAGUUUCUUCCACCAUCUUCCCAUGCAGGACCUUUCUCCCACAGUCGUGACCUUCGGCGCAGCCCUCAGCUGUUGUGAAAAAGCCACGGCCUGGCGCCACGCCCUGCAGAUCUUCGCACAGAUGGGGCGACCGAAUGUGGUCACCUGUGGCGCCGUCGUGAGCGCCUGCGAAAAGGCCAAGGAAUGGCGCAAGGCGCUGAACGUCUUCGGGCAGAUGGAGGUCUUCGCCAUCCAUCCCAGUCGCAUCACUUUCAACGCCGCCAUCAGCGCCUGCAGCGGUCGCGCUCAGCACGCCCUGCGGCUGUUUCGAGCGAUGCCAAGGGUUCGAGUUCAACCGGACGUGAUCUCUUUCAAUGCCAGCAUCAGUUCCUGCGAAAAGGCCAACCACUGGCAGCAAGCGCUGGAGAUUUUUGAUGAGAUGCUGACAGAACUUCCGCCAGAUGUGAUCACUUGUAGUGCCCUGAUGAGUUGCUGUGAAAAAGCUGGGCAAUGGCAACAGGCCCUACAUCUCUUCAAGACCAUGACAGCAUGGCAGCUGGAGCCGAAUCUCUUCAGUUUCAAUGCUGCUAUCAGCUCUUGCGAGCAGCAGGGGCAAUGGCAACAAGGCAUCAGUUUAUACCUGGCGAUGCUGCAAGGUUCUGUUGCACCUGAUGUGAUCACCUUCAGUGCCCUCAUCAGUUCCUGUGAAAAGGCGAAGCAUUGGCAACUGGCGCUCUGUUUCCUGACCGCCAUGGAAGUUGCCCAGCUCCAGCCAUCAGUGGUGAGCUACACUGCAGCCAUGAGCGCCUGCCAGGGGGCGCAGCACUGGCACCACUCCGCGGCGUUGUUCGAUGCCAUGGGACGCCGCACGGUGCAGCCCAACGCCAUCAGUUUCAGUGCCAUCGUGGCGUCCUGCGAAGCGGGAUGGCGAUGGCAGCCAUUGCCAAAGGUCUUGGAAGAUUUGACGAUGGCCUGGCAGAACUUGACCCUUUUGACAUGUUCAGAAAGUGAAAAGUUGUGGUUGGAAGGUGGUACCAACAUUGGGCAAGAAUCGUGCUACUACUGUGGGCGAGUAGAACAGGGACUGAUUCUCAUCAAACGAAAAGUUGGUGGCGGUUCUUCGAUCGGACAUGAGGGCGUGUACCACCAUGAUUACUUGUCCUACACCGCUUCUAUGAGUCAGAAGGAGUCAG